AAUGUGAACGAAAAAAUUGCUCAACAGUAAGAAAAUUUAAAAAUUUCGGGAAACCGACAUAUUUUAGAGAUAUAUUUAAUAUAAUGAAAUUUAUAUUUAAUCUUAUAGAAAUCCAAUUUCGACAGCGCUUCUGCAAAACUAUCACAAGAAACAGCAAAAAUUGAGAAGCUGGAAUUUUGCCAAAAAAAUUGUUUUCCGAAUUACAAGAUUAUAUAUUCCUUUAACGAAAUGCGUUUGUUUUUUUUCAUGUCAGAUGAUCCACUUCGAAUAUAUAGUGGUCACCGUAAAACGCCUUUUUUGGUAGGAGUUCCUGGAGGCAUACUUAAGAAAGCAAAUGUAAAUAACAACGCGCAAAUAAUCCAGAUUUACGUCAGAAAAUUAUAAUCACUUCUUGGAACACAAUCGUUUACUAACUCUCGCAACUAAUACAGCGUUAAAUCGUAUAACAAAAGAGUCUCGAUGAUGUCCUUAAGACGUUUAGCUGUAAUUGCACCGUUAACGUUAAUGCACAAUAAGCACAACAACAACACAGCAAAUGUGGUUAAUAUGACCACCAGCACAACAACAACAGCAGCAACUGCAACAACAAAUGUUGACGUAAAGCAAACACAAAUAGUUGGAGCAGCAGCAAAAACAACAACCACAACAACAACUGAUAAUAACAAACACAACAAUAAUAAACAUGCAAUUAUCGACGAUGAUAGUUACACCGAUGAUAGCGCCGCCACGGACAGUAGCAGCAAUGAUGACAGCAAUGAGACAUACACGAAUCUAAUGACAAACACAUACGCGGACGGCGGCGGCAGCGGCAUGCAAACGAUACGCGCCAGUUUCGGCAUAAGUGGUCUCAUCGGUCACAGUCCAGGCGGCAUUAGUAGCGGUGGCAAUAUCGGCGGCGGUCAUCAGACAUAUCCACAUACAAUUAAUGGAAAUGCCAAUUUACUGUUAUGCGGCGCCAUGCUCUCCGUGGUUACCACCAUUUUAUGCGUUGUUUGUUAUUGUUGCCAUCGCAACAUAAAGAAGCGCACCGAAGCCGCAUAUCGCCAACAACACCAAUGGCUUGAAAGUGAUCCCAAUAUGGAAAUAUAUAGUGUGGAGCAGAGCUAUGAAACGUCCGGCCUAUUUUUGGGUGAGUCCAGCGAUGGUUUCACCACCUUGGCGACACUGCAUCACGAACCGCCACCUUCGUAUGAUGCCGUCGUGGCCAUGCAAGAGCAACAAUUGCUACAACAUCAACUCUAUCAACAGCAAUGCCAUCUACAACAACAGCAGCAACAACAUCAACAGCAAAUGCAUUUACAACAUAGCUCUCCGCCGCCCGGCUAUCGUUCCACAUUGACCGUCAACGACAUGCCAACACCAACAAUGUCCGCGUCGGCAGCCACGAGCAACAUGGCAAUGGAUACGCUGACAAACGACAGCAACGGCAAUUUGAGCGGCAGUUGCAACAUCAGCAUCAGCGGCAACAGCAUUGGUGGCAAUAGCUGUAGCAAUUUCUUUGCCUGCGGCAAGCCGAAUACGUCGAAUAAUAGAUACAGCAACAACAACAGCAAUACUGUGGCAUUUUACAACAUGAAGAAAGCGCUGAACGCACAGUCAUGCUGCUCGCUGCAACGCGCCGAGGUCGAGAAUAUGUGGAACGCCGCCGCUGCCGCAGUGGCAGUGCGCGCUUCACACGCCACCUCCUCACCCUGCGGCGCCGCCAGUCUGGCAGUUGGCAAUGCCGCCGCCGGCAGCAGCAACGGCACCAACAAUAACAACAGCAGCCGUAGUCACAUAUCACCGAUGUUGUUGGCGCGCAAAUCAUUGCCGCUGCCAUUAACGUUGCCCGCGAAAUUCACAGCGAAAUCGGGCGCACGUCGUUACCUCUCGCAUCACAGCACCUAUUAUCGUCGCGGUUGCCCACUUUGCGGUAAAUUUCGUUACGACGUCGAUGACGCACUCACACAGUCUGUGGAGAGUGGACUGGACGUGCCCGCAAGCACUUCAACAUCAACAGGAGCAGCGGCAGUGACCGCAGGGCGUGCGGUGGCGCCAGUAGCUGCUGGUGCAAAUGUAGGUGAAGUCAGCAGCAGCGCUGAUUUGCGGGUCAGUGACAGCUGUCAACAACUGACUGCGUUAGACGAUGUGGUUUCAGAAGGCAGAAUGACCGCAGAAGCGCUCAGCCACAGGCAAUUGGACAAAUGUGCGUGUGUCGUCAAUAUUUUGGAGUCCCCAACCACUGUAAUUAUUGAUAACGACAGUAAUGGCAACAAUAACAACAACAGUUUGGCAGCAAUUAAUGCCGCUAACAACCUGAAUGCGCAGUCUAGCGAGCUGUGCAACGAUACAGCUGUUGAAAGCACCGCCGAAAUGAUUGAUCAGAAUGCCAAUGCAAAUGGCAAGGCAGUAAUAGAGCGCGAGAGCUUGGAGGAAGCUGAGAGCAUCGAGUUAACCGAAAAUGCGAAUUUGGAUGUUGUAGCUUCAACAAACGCAGCGAGCUCGUCGAAUUUUGACACCGAGGCAGCAGCAAGCAUGGUUUCAGUUGAAGCUCCUUCGCCGAAUUCAUCCGAGGAUAAUACUUUGGAUGUUCUAAAUGCGAAUAGCGGCAUUAUAAGAGUCGACAUGAGCAAAAUCAUCGAUCAGACGGGCCUACCCACCUAUGCGGCAGCCGCCAAGCUGGAAUCAAGCGGGUAUGUGUGAACUUAAGGAAGCUGCUUAAUUACAAAACAGAUGUGCUUUACUAGUUUUAAUGGAAAAAAAAAGUCAAAACAUAUGUAUAUUUUAUAGUCACUAAAAGUGCAUGCGAUUUAUUAAAUACACCGUACAUAUUUGACAAAAAAUUAAAAUAAAAAUAAAG